UUGGCAUUGCAUUCUUUGUAUUCGAAAUAAAACAACAACAUGAAAUCAGCGGUCGAACGAUUAAAUUCGACAAAUCAAUUGAAUGAAAUCGUUUACUGUAAAGGAAGGGUAAUAAUCGCUGGGUCGACAACAACUAAUGAAGAUAGCGAUUCCGAGGAAACGAAGAGUGGUGUCACUGUCAGUGGAUUCAAUUUGCGAGAGUACAGGAAGAAGAAGCCAGAGACCUAUCGACAAGCUGGGGAUGAUAUUUUAGAAUUUAUGGAGGAGGGCCUCAUUAAUCCAACGGUCGUGUUGACCGUCGGGCUGACGAACGUAAAUGACGCGUUGGAAUUCAUUUUGAAAAAUAAGAAUCCAGGAAAAGUUAUCGUCAAUGUGAAAGAUAGAUAGAUUAUAAAUAAAAAACUGCUGAUCGAAACGAAGUAUUCUGCAUAAUAUUAAGCCUCAAGAUUUUUGUUAUGUAUAUACGUUGAUUUAUAUUUAUUGUUUCAAUAAAUAUUUUUACAAUGAGAA